AUGGAGAGUCCUACCUUAACUGACGAAGCGACCUCGGCCAUGGAACUUGCGUGUAAUUUACCGGCGCUGGUGGCGCAACUUAAGGCUCUUCGUCAAGAUAUGAAGCGUAAGUCUAAGCUUUACAAUGCGUUCUUGCGAGGGAAUGAGUCGAUUUUCUCGCCGUCUUCAAUGUCGUUAAAAGAAAACCACAGUGGCAUGCACGAGACCUUGUUCUCUUCCUACACUGAUUCACAGCUGGAUCCACGGGCUAGUCAAAUUUCGCUUGAAGCCUUGUCUGCUCUGGAUGAUGCCAACUAUUCAAAUACACUGGUCAGUCGUCGGUCAUCUAUUAUGAGACAGCAGCAACAUAGGUCGUCCUUACGAUCGCGGCUGCAAACACGAACACAUUCGAUGCCGCAUAUGUCAAUGGGACGCAUUUGGACGGACAAUUACUCGGUUAUGUGGUGCUGCAACACGCUGACGGAAUUACGACUGGUAUUAGCAACUGCCGACUUGGUGACCAAUUGGUUGAGGACGACACAACGUCCGAUUUCUUUGGGCUUUCGGACAAAUCAAAAUAUGCAGACAUCACCUAAAGCAGCAUCUUCACCUUCUAGCGGAUUUAAUAAGAAUGGAUGGUCCAAAUUUAGUGGAUCAAAGAAGAACAAACAGUCACCACCUUCGACCAGACAUUCAGUGAGUAGAGAUUGUGAUUCUCAUUUUUUUAACAGCGAGAGCACGAGUGGUGUACAUGAAAUUUUGGAUCUUUCUGACUACGGUGACGUGACGAAUGCACCGCAACAUUUUCCAAUAUCGACCGGUACAAUGGUGCAGUCGAGUGCUAGUGACAUGACGAAAUUUACAUUGUCCGAUGAUGUUGAAAGGUGGUGCAAAGAACAAGAGGAAAUGCACUGCGACAUCAUCGUCAUACUCACUGAAACAGUCUUGCGCUGUGAAAAGCUUCAACAGGAAAAUCUUGACCAGCUUCAAAAUCUCAUGCAGCUUUCUUUGUGUAGUCCACUUUUUAGUGACAGAAGCAGUGUGACUUCUUCUGAUACUAGUUUUGAAAAGGUGAGUAAGAUGGACAGCUGUGAUGAAGCAGACGUGGAUGCAAUUUUGCUUGAUGUUUGA